AUGGCGGCGAAAGGUGAUGACUUGGUGCCACAUCCGGUGAAAGAUCAGCUCCCCGGCGUUGAUUUUUGCAUCAACAGCAACCCUUCUUGGCCGGAAGCCGUAAUUCUGGGGUUUCAGCACUUUUUGGUAAUGCUAGGGGCUACAGUAAUCAUCCCCAGCUUAAUUGUUCCUCAAAUGGGUGGUGGAUAUGUAGAAAAAGCUCAAGUGAUACAAACUCUGCUAUUUGUCUCGGGAGUGAAUACUCUGUUGCAGACUUGGUUUGGAACCAGGCUUCCUGUGGUCAUUCGAGGUUCAUUCACAUACAUAAUUCCAGCCCUUUUUGUCUCAUAUUCCUACAGAUACACCAUAUAUUUGGAUCCUCGUCUGAGAUUUAUCAAAACAAUGAGAGCGAUUCAAGGGGCAGUCAUGAUUUCGUCCAUAAUUCCAAUAUUGGCUGGCUUUUUGGGUGUCUGGAGAAUUGUUGUAAGGUUCCUUAGUCCACUUUCUGCAGUUCCUUUGGUUGCGCUAGUUGGGCUCGGUCUUUAUGCACAUGGAUUCCCUCUGUUAGCAAAUUGUGUGGAGAUUGGUCUUCCAGAAUUGAUUAUCCUUGUUCUGUUAUCUCAGUAUACGCCUCACUUAUACAAAUCAAAGAGGUUCCCAAGUUUCGAUCGAUACGCUGUUCUUCUAUCAGUUGGACUAGUUUGGGCAUAUGCUGCCCUCCUGACUGUUGCAGGUGCAUACAAAAAUAGAUCCCCCGAAACUCAGUUCAGUUGCCGCGUUGAUCGUUCUGGCCUCAUUAGUGGAUCUUCAUGGAUCAGAUUCCCAUAUCCAUGGCAAUGGGGAACUCCAGAUCUUCAAGCUGGAGAAGCAUUUGUCAUGUUGGCAGCUGCAUUUGUUUCUAUGAUUGAGUCUACAGGGGCAUUCAUUGCAGCAGCAAGAUUUGGAAGUGCGACGCACACUCCGCCUUCUGUUCUGAGCCGUGGCAUCGGCUGGCUGGGAAUAGGCAUCUUGCUUGAUGGAUUAUGGGGGACAACAAGUGGAUCCACCGUAUCAGUUGAAAACGUCGGUUUGCUGGCUCUGACUCGCGUUGGAAGCAGAAGGGUUGUCCAAAUAUCAACAGUUUUUAUGUUUUUCUUCUCUAUAUUCGGGAAAUUUGGAGCAGUUCUUGCUUCAAUUCCUCUGCCAAUUGUCGGCGCCUUGUACUGCGUCCUGUUCGCUUUGAUGUCCACUGCUGGUCUUGGGCUGCUUCAGUUCUGCAACAUCAAUAGCUUCAGAACCAAGUUCAUAUUAGGUUUCUCAAUUUUCAUGGGCCUUUCAGUUCCACAGUACUUCAACGGUUAUCUUAUUACCACAGGUCAUGGCCCUGUUCAUACUAGAGCCCUCUGGUUUAACAAAUUGAUGCUGGUGAUAUUCACAUCGCCGGCGACGGUAGCAGGGAUUGUGGCCUUGUUUUUGGAUUUGACGCUGGCGAGGAAGAACAGCAGGAAAGACAGUGGGAGGCACUGGUGGGCAAAGUACAAGGGCUUUGGUCACGAUCCCAGAAGUGAAGAAUUUUAUUCUCUUCCUUAUGGCCUUAGUAAAUACUUCCCUUCAAUCUAA